GGGAGCGGUGCGGGCGCCGGCAGGGGAAGUUUGCUUGCAGGAGGCCGCGGGCGGAGGCUCCCGGCUCGCUCCAAGUUGGGCGGGCGCGGCCGGCCGGGCGGGGCGAGGACCGGGCCACUGCGAGCCGGUGGCGCUCGGGGAGGGUGGAUUCCGAGCGACUGUGCCGCCUCCUGGAAGCCGGGAGGGACCCUCGCGGUCCGAAGGUUUUGAGCAACGAGAGAGGUCAUUGCAUCCAGAGGGCCCAGACGAGGGAGGAGGCACUGCCUCCCCAGCAGCAGCUUCACCCACAAUGCAGAGUAUCAAGUGUGUAGUGGUGGGUGAUGGGGCUGUGGGCAAGACGUGUCUGCUCAUCUGCUACACCACCAACGCCUUCCCCAAGGAGUACAUCCCCACGGUGUUCGACAAUUACAGCGCCCAGAGCGCAGUUGACGGGCGCACGGUGAAUCUGAACCUGUGGGACACUGCGGGCCAGGAGGAGUAUGACCGCCUCCGCACACUCUCCUACCCUCAGACCAACGUCUUUGUCAUCUGUUUCUCCAUUGCCAGUCCACCCUCCUAUGAGAAUGUGAGGCACAAGUGGCAUCCAGAGGUGUGCCACCACUGCCCGGAUGUGCCCAUCCUUCUGGUGGGCACCAAGAAGGACCUGAGAGCCCAGCCUGACACCCUGCGGCGCCUCAAGGAGCAGGGCCAGGCACCCAUCACACCACAGCAGGGCCAGGCACUGGCCAAGCAGAUCCACGCUGUGCGCUACCUCGAGUGCUCGGCCCUACAGCAGGAUGGCGUGAAGGAAGUGUUUGCUGAGGCUGUCCGGGCAGUGCUCAACCCCACACCGAUCAAGCGUGGGCGGUCCUGUGUCCUCUUGUGACCCUGGCACUCGGCUUGGAAGCUGCCCCUUCCCUCCCCCCACCAGUUGUGCCUUGGCGCCUUGUCUGCCCCCAGCUGUGCCUUAAGGACUAAUUCUGGCAUCCCUUGCCAGGGGGCUCCCUGAAUGCCUUUUUCUCUUUAAGGAGGCCCACAGGGAAGAGGGGCUUUGGGCCCCACCACACUCUGCUUGGGAAAACCAGGUAUUCUCAUGAGCUCACCAGGCCAAGGUUGACCCUCCCCAAGAGGCCAACUCAAUGCCCUACCCCCGUUUUCUGCUACUGACCAAUUCAUCCAGCUUUCCAAAAAGUUGCUGCCUAUCGUGGUGCCUCCUCACAGGUUAAGGGCUCUCGGCUGUCUCUAACCUCCCUCGCUGCUCUUGGAAUUGCCCCCCCAAGAUGCUCUCUCCCUUCCCCAAGGAAGGAGCCACAGAAUCCUGAGAAGAUAAGUGCACCCUAAUCUGUCCCCAUGUGCCCAGGCCUUAUGCAUCCACUGACUGACUCAGCCCCCAUGCUCCUGGGGGCCUUUCCAGCCCCCCAUCAGCAUCAAUAAAACCUCCUGUCUCCAGUG